CUAACCACUAAAAUGGAGUACAUCGUGUUCUGUUUCCUUUCCCCUGAAGCCCUGAAGUCUCCAUCCUUGGGAACGUCUGCCAGCGCCAAAUGCAGUGCAGGCAGGAAUCAUGUUCAUUUCCCGCACGGAAUGACUGCUCCUCACAUUUCAAACAUCUGGUCAAAUUAUUUAGCUUGUGUCAGUCCGAACGUUACUUUUCUUGAGUCUGCUUGCAUUUAACAUGUUCCUAAAAGAGCGAUCACUUCUAUCUCUCAAACAAGCGUCUUAUUGCCUUGAUUUCCUGCUCACGUAAACUCUUUAGGUCUGUCCUCAUAGAGUAGAUGUAGAGAUAUUUGUGCACUCACAACUUUAGACCACCAGCACGGCUUGCAUAAAAGGAAAUUUUAUUAGAUGCCAUAUCCGGAAUGGUAAAAUCUAAUCGACGCGCUCGUUUCAUUACUAUAUCAUUAAAAAUUCCAACAUAGAAAUCUGUUAUACAGCGCCCUCAUGAUAUUCCCACCCCUCAAGUUCCAUAUAGCAAAUCUUGCCCUUGUAACACCAGUUUUUCUUCAUAUUAAUGGGAAGCAGUUGCAUGAAAAAUCACUGCAUUGUAUGUUAAGAAACAAAACUGUCACAGUUUUGCACACCCUGAGUUCGCCGAAGCUAUAGUUUUGACGAAGCCGCCUCGCCGAGAGUGUUCCGAGUGACGAAAGUAAACACAACAGUGUGACAACACACGUGUCUGGCUCUGCACUUAUUGAGUGGUGAGGCAGCGAGGACGACCAUUCCACCCCAUUGCAUUCUGACAUAUGUGUGACAUGGAGAGCAGGAUGAAUAAUAAGAAGCCCCACUCGGUGCCCGUGCCGCAGCUGUAUAAGGAAGCCAGCAAGAUACUGGGACAACUGGAGAGGAAGGAAGGCUCCCUCAAGACGCUCGUGUACGGCGGCAAGUACAAGAACUUCAAGAAGAUUUAUGCUUUGUUGUCUAAAGCAUGGAGUCAGAGGUCUGAGAUUCAGCAAGUGCUGGCUGCAUCCAAACUGUUUCAUGACCAGCCAAAUUUUAAUCCUCAUCUUGCACACAUUCUGACAUCUGAAUUACUGAAUAAAGGUUUUCUGUCAGGCAACUGCAAGCCUAUUCAAGUUCUUCUUGAAUAUGAGGAAAAACUCAAGAGCUUGGCAGCCCACCACCUCACUGAUGUAACACCAAAGCAGCAUAAUCAUGAGAAUGGCCUCCCUCGAUAUGUCCGUGUCAACACUCUGGUAUCAUCAGUGGAGGCUGUACACGCAAAGCUCUUCAAUGAAGGCUGGCGACUGACCAGUUAUGACAGAGGUCAUACUACCUAUGAUGAUUUUCUGUAUUUAGUUGAGAACCUAGAGGAGUAUUGCUACCUGAUUGACUAUCACAUACAAGACCUGCUAGUCUUCCCUCCAAGUACACCAUUUUGGAAUAGCUCUUUGUAUAAAAACAGUGUAAUUAUUCUUCAGGAUAAGGCCAGUUGCUUACCAGUCUUCCUCAGCAGCGUUAAAGCUGGAUCCUGUGUCCUGGACGCUUGUGCUGCUCCAGGGAACAAGACGUCACAGAUUGCGGCUGCCAUCAAUGAUUCUGGAAAAAUAAUAGCUUCAGAGAAAAACUUCAAGCGUUUUAAAACUUUAGAGAAGCUUCUACAACAGAGAGGAGUAACAUGUGCCCGUGCCAUAAACCAAGACUUCACAAAGCUGCCUUUCAAGUUGGUUGCUCGUGUUAAGCACAUCUUUGUGGAUCCAACAUGUUCAUCCAGUGGUACUGACUUACAUAUGGAUGAAAUAGGUCGUGAAAGGCUAGAAAGACUGGCUGCAUUCCAGAUCAGCCUACUCCUGCAAGCAUUGUCCCACCCAACUGUGCAAGAGGUUGUGUAUUCCACCUGUUCAGUCCAUGCAGAAGAAAAUGAAGAAGUUGUUUGGUCGGUCCUCAGGCAGCAUGAGGAAUUUGAAUUAGAAGAUCUUGGAAGUAAACUGAAGGGAUGGAAAAAUUUUGGAAAAGAAGAUUAUGAAUUUGGCAAGUGUUGUUUAAGAACAGUACCUGAUAUAGACAAAUGCCAUGGUUUUUUUGUAGCAAAAUUUAUUAGGAAAGAACUUACUUCUAGUUCAAACUCAUUAUGGGAGAGCAAAAAGAAUGAGGAACCAAGAGAACAUGAGGCAAGUGAUGACAUGGACUAUUGUGUCAAGAAGAAGAAAAGGAAAUUUAAAGAUUGAAUGUCAACAUGACCCAUUUUUGUGUGGCAAGCCCUGUAACACUGCACCAUGUAGAAUUUUAUAGUUUUAAUGAUGGUAGCUUACACAUUUCACAAUAGUAUGAAGCUUCAGAUUCAUACAGAAUUUUUCAGUUAUGAAAUAUGCUGCAUUAUUAAGUUGAGCAUAAAAAGCUUUCCUGGUAUAUUUCACAAUUUUACUUACCAUUUGUAUGCCAAAAUUGUGUGUUAGCCCUUCAGUAAAGCUCAGUUAGCACUUUUGAUAAAGAGACUAAAGCUGUGGCUAUGAAGAGAAGAGAAUUAUUUCUGGACAAUUAAUGGUCUAAAAACAUAACCAUUGCAGUAAAACGGAGAGAGAGAGAGAGAGAUGUGUCCACUUGUAGCCUAACCUUUAUCAUUAUUCUUUCACUAUUAUGUCUCCUCUGCCUCUGUCUUUAACUAGCUUAUUAUAAUGUUCAGGAUUAUAUAUAUCUUUAGUAGUUUUCUUCCUUACUACCAAACAUAUUAUCAUCAUUAUCAUCAGCAUCAUUACUCUCCUAUUUCCUUUUUCUAUAUUUUAUUUUUGCUAAAGAGUAUUUUCUUCCUAUGCUGCCUAACUUUCCACUCAAUCACUUAAUUCAUGGCGAGGCAGCAGGGAUUGUUCUAUCAGACUGUUAUAAUGCAUAAAUAUAGCAUGACAUGUAUGUGAGAUUUUUUAUGCAUAUAGAUAUACAAUAAACAAGAAAUAUAU